GCAGAGUGUCGAGAGGGAGGUGCGAGAGUCGGUCGCGUCCUCAUCUCUCUCGGCCUUUGGUCCGUCUCGCUCGUCUCGACACGCUCAGAGCCGUUCAACGAUGCCCCAGACGCCGUCCAGCAUGCGCUCUCGUCCAAGUUCGGCAUCCCUCGAAGCGCCCAACGCCGCCGCCGCCUCGCCGUCCUCGUCGCGGCACUCUACCCUCGAGUCGCGCCGCGCUCUCGGCGCCAGGGCGAGCGGGAUGGCGCGCGACCCGGGUACGCCGGUCGGGAGACUGCUCGCGGCAGAAGGGCUCGCAGUGCGCAGCCCCAGGAGGGUCAGGCACAGGAGCUUGGCCGACAAAGUCAUAGACUGGCCGUCCAACGCCCUCAUGUCGCUCGAGACGUCGGUCCAGCUCCUGUCGUUCGAGUCGGCCGGGUACCCGGCCGCCCUCGCCUUCCACCUCGUCCACCUCGUCGUUCGCGUCUCCGCCUUUGUCCCCUCCCUCACGUCCAUCACCUCGAUGCUCUUCUCGUCCGCCUCGAGUGCGAGUCGGUACGUUCGCCGACCCGCCGACGCGUUGGGCGACGCGGACGCACGCCUCGAAGCGCUGCAGCGCGCGUCGCAGGGGCGCGGCGGAGGGGAGUGGGGCUGGUGGGCGUGGACGUUCAGCGCGCUCCUCAUCCUCGUCAGUGUCGGGAACUCGGCAUACUUGGCGAGUCGCAGGAGGAAGUACCAGAUGGUGCUCAGGAGGGAUCCUCUCGCCUCGCCGAAUGCGAGAUCCACCAUGCUCGACUUCUCGCCCUCCAAGCGUCACGUCAGCUUCACCGAGUCGGUCCGGCGCCGCGUCAAGGCUGCGCUCGGCAAGGUCGAGGUCGAAGAGUCGCACGCGUAUCCGGUGCAAGAGCUCCAGGUGUGGACGCCUGAGCGUGUCCUCUGGUCCUUGCGCUUCUUCACCCUGUACCCGCCACCUGUCGCCCUCAUGUACCACUUCCUCGCGCUCGACAACUGCGUUCCCUUCGCCAUCGUCGGCGGCACGAUCGUCCUGACAAUCUACGUGCUCGUCCACCUGUACUCGACCCUUGUCUCGGACCGUGCGGCGUUGCAGGCCGAGGUCAUGCACGAGUACAACGCCAAGUUUGUCAACCCUCGCGUGUUUGUCGCCAAGCGCGACGCGUGCGUGUCGACGAGCCAGGCCGAGAUGGUCGGCGCCAACGACUGGCUGCGGGCAGGGCGGCGGCACGUGUUGGACGAGUCGCUCGGGCAGGACGACGAGCAGCACGUGGUGGUGCGCGGGAGCGGGCGCAGGGCGAGCAGGAGGGACAGCUCGGUACCGUCGAUGCAGCAGCGCGAGGUCGAGGGGCCAUCCGACUCGCCGGUGCCUCGGCGCAGCAGGCCUCGCCCGUCGAUGCUCGGCUGA